GUGCUGGCUGCUGCCGCGCUGCUAGGACCAUGAGGGUCUCUGGUGCCACCCUUGUGCUCUGCCAUCUGCUGCUGCUGCACCUGGCCCCACGCACGCAUGGCCUUGCCCCCCAGUCCAGAGGGCACCUCUGCCGGACCCGGCCCACAGACCUGGUGUUUGUUGUCGAUAGCUCACGCAGUGUACGGCCUGUGGAGUUUGAGAAGGUGAAGGUGUUCCUGUCCCAGGUCAUCGAGUCGCUGAAUGUGGGGCCCAAUGCCACCCGCGUGGGCGUGGUCAACUACGCCAGCUCAGUGAAGCAGGAGUUCCCGCUGCGUGCCCACCUUUCCAAGGCUGCGCUGCUGCAGGCCGUGCGCCGCAUCCGGCCGCUGUCCACUGGCACCAUGACCGGUCUGGCCAUCCAGUUCGCCAUCACCACGGCCUUCAGUGACGCUGAGGGCGGUCGCAACAGGUCCCCCGACAUCAGCAAGGUGGUCAUCGUGGUGACGGACGGGAGGCCCCAGGACAGCGUGCGGGACGUGUCUGCACGAGCCCGGGCCAGCGGCGUCGAGCUUUUCGCCAUUGGCGUGGGCCGCGUGGACAAGGCCACGUUGCGCCAGAUCGCCAGCGAGCCUCAGGAGGAGCACGUGGACUACGUGGAGAGCUACAGCGUCAUCGAGAAGCUGUCCAAGAAGUUCCAGGAGGCCUUCUGCUUGGUGUCAGACCUGUGUGCCACGGGAGACCAUGACUGUGAGCAGGUGUGCAUCAGCUCUCCAGGCUCCUACACCUGUGCCUGCCGUGAGGGCUUCACCUUGAACAGCGAUGGCAAGACCUGCAAUGUCUGCAGCGGUGGCGGUGGCGGUUCGGCCACUGACCUGGUCUUCCUCAUUGAUGGAUCCAAGAGUGUGCGGCCGGAGAAUUUUGAGCUGGUGAAGAAGUUCAUCAACCAGAUCGUGGACACGCUGGACGUGUCAGACAAGCUGGCCCAGGUGGGGCUGGUGCAGUACUCCAGCUCCGUGCGCCAGGAGUUCCCGCUGGGCCGCUACCACACCAAGAAGGACAUCAAGGCAGCUGUGCGAAACAUGUCCUACAUGGAAAAGGGCACCAUGACCGGGGCCGCCCUGAAGUACCUCAUCGACAAUUCCUUCACUGUGUCCAGUGGGGCUAGGCCUGGUGCCCAGAAGGUGGGCAUUGUCUUCACCGACGGCCGGAGCCAGGACUACAUCAAUGAUGCUGCCAAGAAGGCCAAGGACCUUGGCUUUAAGAUGUUUGCCGUGGGUGUGGGCAACGCCGUGGAGGACGAGCUGAGGGAGAUCGCCUCGGAGCCCGUGGCAGAGCACUACUUCUACACGGCCGACUUCAAGACCAUCAACCAGAUUGGCAUGAAGCUGCAAAAGAAGAUCUGUGUGGAGGAAGACCCGUGUGACUGUGAAUCCAUUGUGAAAUUCCAGGCCAAAGUGGAGGGGCUGCUGCAGGCCUUGACCAGGAAACUGGAAGCGGUGAGUAAGCGGCUGGCCGUCAUGGAGAACAGGAUCGUCUAAGGCCGCUCGUCCCCGCCGUGGCUCCUCUAUGUCCCCACCCCAAG